AUGAUUUACACCGUGUUUUCAUCUUUGGAAGUGGUGAACGCGCAUAUCCAGGACUGUGUCCCUCGAAUUGAAGCGAGCGACAGGUGCGACCCCGCAGGCCUCAGAUCUGAAGAGCAGCCGUGUUUGCUGAAGAUCUCCCGGGUUCUACAUUAUUAUAGCCACUUGUUCGGGGAGAACAGCGUCUUCAACGAAAGUGAUUUCGAUGACCUGGCCCGCACACUUUCACAGCUCCUGCGGCAAAUCAAGUCACAUUAUGGACAUGCUAGUGAAAACGGGCACGGGGUCGCUGUGGAGGACUGGAGUUGCAUCACGGUAAAAGACUGGCAGCGGCAGUAUUUGCAGCGUCACUACAUGGAGAGACUCAAGUCGUUCUCAAUCAUCGUGGCCCGUGUUUUUACUCCGGGGAACCCGUCCAAGCAUGAUGUCACAACGUUGCCCCAGUGUGCUACAAGCUAAAUAUAAGACCCAUUGGAAGGUGCCUCAGUAUGACUAUUGCACAACAAAUGAGCUAAAUAUUAAGAAACUGUAAACAAACAAACUGACCAAAUAGGAAUAUUUACUACAAAAAUAAAUAUUGACUAUAGCAGUUGAUCACCCUAAUGGU